GGAAAAGCUUCAACAUCAAUUGCAAAACCUCUCAUGGCUACCUCUAUCACAAGCUUGAACUCUUCAAGGGUGCUUCACAUUCACAGACAGCCACACCCAUAUUCCAUUUCUCCCUCAAAUAUGUCAAAGUUUGCGUCUUUUCCUUCUUCAGCUUUCAGAACCCCUUCUUCUUCUUCUGUGUGUUGCUCUCUCACCAGAGACCCUGCUUCUGUUGUUCCAUUGAAGGAUCACAUCAAGCUUGAUAAUGGGUCGGUUACGCCUCAGAGACCCGAUUCGUUUGGUAGAUUUGGAAGGUUUGGUGGCAAAUAUGUGCCUGAAACUCUGAUGCAUGCACUCACUGAGCUUGAGGCUGCUUUCCAUUCCCUCGCUGCUGAUGAAGAUUUUCAGAGAGAGCUGGCUGGGAUUCUAAGAGACUAUGUUGGCCGGGAGAGUCCUCUUUAUUUUGCAGAAAGGUUGACGGAGCAUUACAAGAGGCCUAAUGGUGAAGGGCCUCACAUCUAUCUGAAGAGGGAAGAUCUUAAUCACACAGGGGCUCACAAAAUUAACAAUGCUGUUGCCCAAGCUUUGCUUGCCAAGAGUUUGGGCAAAAAACGCAUUAUUGCUGAAACUGGAGCUGGUCAGCAUGGAGUUGCCACUGCUACUGUAUGUGCUCGGUUUGGUUUAGAAUGCAUAAUUUAUAUGGGUGCACAGGAUAUGGAAAGGCAGGCACUCAAUGUUUUCAGAAUGCGCCUUCUUGGUGCCGAGGUGCGAGCUGUGCAUUCUGGGACUGCUACGCUUAAGGAUGCUACAUCAGAGGCUAUAAGGGACUGGGUGACUAAUGUAGAGACAACUCAUUAUAUUUUGGGUUCUGUUGCUGGGCCACAUCCGUAUCCAAUGAUGGUAAGAGAGUUUCAUGCUGUGAUUGGCAAGGAGACCAGAAAGCAAGCUUUGGAGAAAUGGGAUGGGAAACCUGAUGUUCUGAUUGCAUGUGUUGGUGGAGGUUCAAAUGCCAUAGGACUUUUCCAUGAAUUUGUCGAUGACAAAGAUGUUAGGCUAAUAGGUGUGGAGGCUGCUGGAUUUGGUCUUGACAGUGGCAAGCAUGCUGCAACAUUGACAAAGGGAGAAAUUGGGGUUUUGCAUGGAGCUAUGAGCUAUCUGCUGCAGGAUGAUGAUGGACAAAUAGUUGAGCCUCACUCUGUUAGCGCAGGCUUGGAUUACCCUGGUGUUGGUCCUGAACAUAGCUUUUUGAAAGAUUUAGGGCGUGCUGAAUACCAUAGCAUCACUGAUGAAGAAGCAUUGGAAGCUUUUAAGAGAGUUUCGCGACUUGAAGGAAUAAUCCCGGCUUUGGAAACAUCUCAUGCUUUGGGAUAUCUAGAGAAAAUCUGUCCAACCCUUCCUAAUGGAACCAAAGUUGUGGUUAAUUUCAGUGGCAGAGGUGAUAAGGAUGUUCAAACUGCUAUCAAGUACUUGAAAGUUUGAAGGGGCGGGUGUAUUAUCUUCUGAUUGAGCUUCAUUUUCAUACUUAGAGACAGAUUUUGCUAAAUUUAUUGCUAAAGCAAGUUCUAGUUAAUAACCAUGUGUAUUUGCAACAGAACUGUGGCCAUUGGAUUUUCAAUAAACUUAAGUUUUGAAUGUUAUCAUAAAAGUAGUGAUUGAAUACAAAAUAAACAUGUGGUGAAAACUUGCUGCUUUGAAUUGUAUUUAUUUAGGGCUAAUAAAGUGGUAAACAAGUUUG